CGCUGCCUCUCUUUCACUCUACUCGUCACCAGCCAUCAUGGCAAAGAACAAAGGUAGCAAAGGCUCAAGCUCAGCGCCACGAGAACAUGCUCCACCAACAACAGAUGCUCGCUUCGCUCGCCUGCAUACCGAUCCGCGCUUCUUGCGGCCGCAGCGAGACGAUGCCAAAGUAGCCGUCGAUGAGCGAUUCAAGGGAUUGCUGGGUGGGAAGGAAGGCUUCGGUAUUCACAAGCAAAAGGCCAAAGUGGAUCGAUUUGGCCGCAAGAUGAGCAAGGGGAAGAGCAAGGAGGACGAGGAGAUGGGAAAGCUGUACAAGGCUGAGCAGCCGGAGGACACGGAUGAGAGUGAAGAGGAAGAGGAGGAAGAGGACGAAGAAGACGAGAAGGCUGGGCCUAUCGACUAUGCGCGAGGAGCCGUAGAGCUCGAGUCGUCUGGCGAUGAGAGCUCAUCUGAAGAGGAGAGCGAAGGCGAAGGUAGCGACAGUGACUCGGGCGACGAGACCGGUGAUGUCGCCAUUGGUUCGGCCGCCGUGCUGCGUCGCGAGCGAAGGCGUCGAGCCCAGCGGGGCGAGGAAGACGACGACGACGACGACGACAGCGACGACGACGACGACGACAGCGACGACGACGAUGAGAACAUCGACGAAGAGGCAGAGAAGGAAAUCGAUCCUCGAGCUCUGGCUGCUCUUGACGCUCAAGCCGAGCGAGUCGUCGCAGCUGAAGCCAGUGAGGCAGGGCCCAGCUCUUCCAAAGCAGCAGCAAAACGGUCCAAGCGCAAGCAGGCUACCAUUGAGCCAGGCUCAGAGACUAAGCGCCUCGCCGUCGUCAACAUGGACUGGGACCACGUCCGCGCACUCGACAUUUACAAGGUCUUCUCCUCCCUCGUCUCCCCACACGCCACUCGCCUUCCUGGCACCGACGUCGCCACCACCACCGCCGGCUCAGGUCAUCGUGCCUCCUCCUCGCAACAAGUCAAAGGUCUCGUCGAAAGCGUCCGCAUCUAUCCCUCCGACUUUGGUCGUGAGCGCAUGAAGCGCGAAGAUAUCGAGGGUCCGCCAAAGGACAUCUUCAAGUCAGCGGAAGACGGCGAGACAGCCGCGCGCCGCAAGGCCAAGAAGAAAUCCAAGGGCAAGAAGAAGCGAGCCGACAGCGACGAAGACGAUGAAGAUGACGCAGUCUUUGAGGUAGACGAAGGAGCUGAAUUCGAUGAAGAGGCCCUCCGCAAGUACCAACUCGACCGUCUACGCUACUAUUACGCGAUCGCCACCUUCGACUCCCCGCUAUCCGCUCGGCACGUAUACGAUGUCGUUGACGGAGCAGAAAUGGAGCGCACGGCAAACAUAUUCGACUUGCAAUUCGUGCCCGAUGAAAUGGAUUUUCCAGAGGUGCAGGAUAGCGAUGAUGUGCAGGGGUGGAGGGACGAGGCCAAACCCGGUCUGGACGACGCUGCGGCGUACAGGGGGGCCGACUGGGCUACUGAUGCCUUGAGGCAUAGUAAGGUCAAGCUGACCUGGGAUGCGCCUGACCCGGAGAGGAUGAAGGUGACCAGAAUGGGAAGGCAGCUGACUAAGGGAGAAAUCAGGGAUGACGAUUUCCGAGCGUACCUGGCUUCGGACAGCGAGGACGGCGAGAGCGAUGAGGCGGAGCAGCAGAAGCCCAAUGGCAAAGGCAAAGGGGCCACAGCUGGUCGUGACCGCUUCCGUGCUCUCAUGGGCCUUGAUGGCGAAGAAGCUGGCACCAACAAGGGCGGCGUCUUCGGCAAAUCGCGCAGCUCAGCCUUCGAAGACGCUCGCGAUGACAACGACGGGGAAGAUGGAGACAUGGAGAUCACCUUCCUUCCCGGUCUCUCUGAGGCUGCGGCACGCAAGGCUGCCGGUGGUUCUGCGUCCAAGGACGGGGAGAAGGAGGAGACGACGCUGGAGAAGUACAUGCGCAAGCAGCGCGAGAAGAAGGAGCGAAGGAAGGCAGCGAGGGCGGAGCAAGGCCUCGACGACGAAGACGAAGAGCCACAGAAGGGCAAACCUGCUCCAGCGGCUGCAGCGGACAACGAUCUAGGGUUCGACGACCCCUUCUUUGCCAGCGGAGGCGAGGAGGACGGGGAAGACCUCGAUGCCAUCCUCGCCAAGGAGCAAGCAAAGGAGGCAAAAGCAAAAAUCAAGAAGCCUAACCCGUCGAACGGCGUCGAAUCUCGCAACACCUCUGCACUCGCUGAAGACGACGAUAAUGAAGACGAGGGCCGCCAUUUCUCGAUGCAAGACGUUCUCAAGGCCGAGUCCUCCAAGAAUGGCAAAAAGCCCAACAGGUGGGAGCGGAAGAAGCUUGCCAAGCUCGCCAAACGACAAGCUGCCGAGAAUGGCGAUGUAGCCCCGUCUGCUGCGCUGGAGGCCAAGAAGAAGCUUGAAGCCCAACCAGACUUCAAGCUGGACACGGCCGACCCUCGAUUCUUCAGCGCUGCGACGCUGGACGACCAUCGCUUCGCUGUUGAUCCAACGCAUCCCAGUUUCAUGAAGACGGAGGGGAUGACGAGGGCGUUGGAAGAGAGGAGGAAGAGGGGUGGUGGGGCACCUGUAGAGGAAGGAAUGGCGGUGAAGGGGCCGCAGGGGAAGAAGAGGAAGCAGGAGCAGAAGGGUAGUGGGGCUGACGAUACGAGUGAAUUGCUAGCCUCGAUCAAGAGACGAGAGCAGCAGCAGCAGGGAAAGAAGGGCAUUAAGGGUGACAAGAAGAGAAAGGUGGACAAGUGAGCAUUGAUGUAGACGAGCAAUAAUUUCAUUGGCAGGUGUUGAGCAAGCUAUGCCUCUUUGCGGUUGCGGCAUCGGGCUAGGACGGCGCCUAGUCAUCAAACGCGACCCUCAUCGCCUUCGCAGGUCGCUGUGCAAGGCCAGGGUCGCGCACCUCUUCAUCCAUCUCAAUGAGCCAGAUGCGCACGUCGCUCAGGGCAACGAUCCUCCCCUUGCCCGCAAGCACAAAGUUAGGCGCUCCUCCCCAAGGCAAAAAGAUCUUGACGAGAUGCGUGCCCUUGCUCGACCAAACAUCAAUGCCAU